AGCAUAACCUUUAGUGUGUGUUCAACUACACCCCAUAGUUCAGUCAUCAGAAGGACUUAUAAGGAUGUGUUUACUGCUCAUUAUGCACUUUGUAAGGAGUCAGAUCAGGUCAUAGUUGUAGCCAUGAAGAGUUUCCUUCUAUUGUAAAGCCACCAGAGGUGAGAUGGAAUGUAGAUAAGAAUUGGAAAUGGCAAAAGGCAAUGCAGGGCAUUCAAAAGCUGCCGAAUGCUUUCACUGUGACUGUUCUCACAACAGGAGCCAAGACAUGACAACAAUGGGCGACAUUUUUUCUAGAGGACAUUUCAUCCUCUAGUGGCCGUACCCUCUGAGGAAACAAGAAACCAUUAAGGUCAAUUAGUUCAGGGAGGAGAGCUGUCAUCUUUUUUCUUCGUCUUUCACAAAAAAUACAUUUAUACUGAAUAGCUGAGAACAACAACACCGGAAACAACAUCUACAGCGAGAGGAAACCCUUUGGUUUUGUAUUGUGCUAAAGGCCAGAAAACACAGACUUACUGUCAUGGUCCUAAUGGGUUGUGUCACAUCCAGUCAUGGAUGUGAUUACAUUAGAGUGCUGCAUGAUGUGUGUCUGGAUUUUUGUCUGAUUUCCUAAUUGAAGGUAUCUGAACACAGAAUAAUGCUGUCAUUUUCAGUGUUUGGAGCUGAAACAGCAAAACACGAUUCUUCAGGGUUAAGACCCUAAAGCCCAAAUGACAGUGGCCUUCAGAUUUUCUCAAUAACACUAGAGCAUAGAGAGCUUCAUAGAGUGAGAAUGGUAUUUGUCUGAUUGCACUGUACCAACUGUACAUUUUGGUGGAGGGGGGAUUAUGGUGUGAGGAUGUUUUACAGGAGUUCCAGUGAAAGAAAUUCUCAAUGCUUUAGCAUACCAGAGAUUCAUGUUUCAUGGGAACAGUGUGAGAACGAAUCCGUCCACUCAUUCUGCUGUGGGAUGCCCCUGCAUUUAAAGGAAACUGGACCACAACCCAUGGAAUACCAUGUGAUGCACAGCACCACUAAGAAGGUGUUGGUGGUGAAGAUCUAUAAGAAUGACGUGGAUCAGGACAGCAUCGUGAGAGAGAUCAGCCUCCUGCAGAAACUCUCCCACCCCAACGUAGUGAGGUAUCUUGGGAUUUGUGUGAAGGAGGAUAAGCUGUACCCAAUUCUUGAGUAUGUGAGCGGAGGCUGUCUGGAGGAGCUGCUGGCCAGAGAUGACAUCACGCUGUGCUGGAGAGAGAAGGUAGAGCUGGCCUGUGACAUCAGCAGAGGAAUGACUUACCUUCACUACAAGAACAUCUACCACAGAGAUCUCAACUCCAAGAACUGUCUGAUCCGUGUGACGCCGCGGGGGAGGGAGGCGGUGGUGACGGACUUCGGUCUGGCCAGAGAAGUGGGGGAGCUGCCUGCAAACAAUCCGGACAGGAAGAUGUCUCUUGUGGGCUCAGCCUUUUGGAUGGCUCCUGAAAUGUUGAGAGGGGAGCCGUAUGACCGCAAGGUGGAUGUUUUCUCAUUUGGAAUAAUGCUGUGUGAGAUACUGGCGAGAAUUCCUGCUGACCCAGAGGUGCUGCCUCGAACACGGGACUAUGGGCUGGAUGUUCAGGCGUUCAGUGAGCUGGUGCAGGGCUGUCCACAGCGGGUGCUCCAGCUGUCUGCAAGCUGCUGCCUGAUGGAGGCAUAUCGACGGCCAUCAUUCUCAGAGCUGCUGGACGAGCUGGAGGACAUCGCGGAGAGCCUGGAGCCCCCAGAUCCUCUUCUGACCACAGGGUGAGGGCGGCAUUCACAGGCCCUUAACCCGCAUCUCCAGCCUGAAGGACUUGAUGGAGCUGCCUGCCUGUAUGUGCCUGCAGUGGUGGACCAUUACAAGUGUGUUAUGGUCAGAGGAACAUCUACUUAAAACCUCCAGCUCUGGAGAACCUGACCUGUGAAAGUCUUAAAUCUGAAGCUCUAAACGCCAUGCCUGCUGUGAGUGUGUGUCCCAGGCCUCGGCUCGGCUUUUGUAUUUUCUUAACUUUAUGAAACCUUUCUCUUGGGGGGACCACCCUGUUAUAGUGCUGGUGGACUUUAUUUGAAGACCAAAUUCAGACAGGACCAAACCCUGAUUCCGCAUGUUUGUGGAAUUUGGGAUAAUCUAGGUUUACCCCAGUGUAACUUUACAUCCACUGGAAUUAGGCUUAAUCCUUGCAGAAGUUGCACAGUAACAUGGAGCAAAUUACCCUGACACAUUCUUUCACUGCAGUGCUUAAUAUAGGCGCACAGUGCAUCCCUAAUGUGGAGAAUAUUGGGUAUAUAAAGUUGUACAGGACAGAUGACCUGUAAGAGAGAGAGAAGUGUGUGUGUGUGAAUGAGUGGGUUAUUUUUCUACUUUUUCUACUGCAUUAAAUUCCACUUUGAAAGCAUCUUCUUAAGAACAGAUACUCUUCGUCAGUGCUUGGCCUGUUUGUUGUGGAUUUUCCUCCAAUCAGCAGGUAUAACAGGUUUAGUUUUCUGUGAAGACGGCUGUAAUACAGGCACUGAAGGAGUUUAUACACAAGCUACAGCGCUACAUAUUCAGUGUAACUGUAGCUGAAUCAAUCUUCAGUAUGUUCCAUUAAAGAUCUCAAAUCAUCCCACAGCCUCCUGUAACUUCCUCUCUGCACAUGGAGGAAGCAGUUAGUCUGGGACUGGAAUCAUCAUUCUUUCAGGAUUUGCAGAUCUUGAAAUGUAAGAUAUUGAUACGUGACUAUUCCUUUACUUUUGUUAGUCCUUCUGUUGUGUUUCUGUAUAUAGAUUUGUAUUAGUCUGUCUCAGCAUGUCUUUGUUUAGUUUAGCACUUUAAAACUAGAAUCUAUUUUGUUUACUGUAUCAAAUCAAGCUGUUUAUAUUCAUAAUUCUAAUUGUUUAUAUGGUGUUGGGUAAAAUAUUUUGAAGAAGACCUUGUUUGAAAUAGUUCAAUAGAUUGGGAAAUAAAGAUCUUUAAUGAA